AUGGUCACACCUGUGGUCACAAGCAAGGUGACCAAUUGGGUCUUCAAUGUGGAGGUGACUGUCCAAGGCAGUAUCACCCUCAACUUUAACCCUCCUGUGGCCCUCAGCCCCAACCCCAACAAUAAGCACCAUUACUGGGGAAUUAUCGCCACAAGGGGCCCGGCCGGAGCCAGAGUUUUCUCCACUGCCUCAGGUGCCACGGGGACGCCAGCUGCCGCGCCCACAGUUGACAAGCUGCAUGCGCUCAUGUACACCUACGUGGACGGCAUUCUCGAGAAGCGUGCGCCCCAUCGCGCGGCGCACCUGGCCUACGUCAAGCAGUACGAGGACGACGGCCGCCUGGUGGCCGGCGGCGCGUGGGAAGACGCCAGCGGCGGCUUGAUCGUCCUCCGCACCGAUACCGCCGACGACGUCCAUCGCUUCGCUCAUGACGACCCCUACGUCAAGGCCGGCCUCGUCACACGCCACGAAGUGCGCCCGUGGCUCGUUGUGGUCGGCACCGCCAAGAAGGAACCCUCGUCGUGA